GUCCGCACGCAUGUCAGGCCAUUUGCUGCGCACUGCCAUCCUGGGAUAGACAGUCCUGCACCGGUCUUCUAUCGGUCACCGCUCCCGUGACCCACCGUCAACGAUUGCAAUACGUAUAAUAGCGAGUGAAGCACCUCAAAGAAUUCGCUAUCGUUGUGCGCCGGCACCCUGCAUGACCACGGCGAUACGCCAGAUAAUGACAGCUACCUUUAAAGCCUCCUAUCUUAAGGACGCCUACGUCUGAGAUUAGCCCUCUUGUGGGUUGCCCCCAUUAGUGGCCCUGACGCCUUUUACGUUCACCGGGAACCCCAGCCGCUGCACGCAUCACCUCAACAACAGAAGAGAAACAGGUUUACGGAAACCACGGACACGACAUCGCCUGGUAAAGCCCAGUCAGCGGUCAGUCCCAGUUGCUGGCAAUGCUGUACAUGAUAUCGUCACCAUUAUCUUGUGAUCCCGAGUUUUCUUCGUGCAUCGUGCUCGUGUUGUGUACUUCCUCGCUCUUUUACGCCCUGCACCGAGAUCAGCCAAUGGAAUUGUCACGUGUAGCUGACUGCUGAUAUAAGAACUUCGGUUACCAAGGCUUCUUCGGCGGUCAGCAGCGAAAGUGUUGCAACUGCUUACACGUCUUCUGUCUUUGAUACAGCACAAGAUGAGUGUGGCGUCGUUCACCGCCGUGGAUUAUGUCGUCCUGCUGGGGUUCCUGGUGCUGUCCACAGCGAUCGGUGUAUUCUUCGCAUGGCGCGACCGUCGCAACCAAAGCAACCGCCAGUUUCUGACAGCCAACAAGCAGCUGGGAUGGGUACCUGUAGCCAUGUCCAUGAUGGCGAGCUUCCUCUCGUCCAUCGCCAUCUUGGGUCUUCCGUCCGAAGUCUUCGUGCAUGGAUCACAACUCUGGUUGGGUUCUGUGUCGUCAUCCAUCGCUAUACUUUUGGCUGCGUUCAUCUUUCUACCCAUGUAUUAUAAUAUGGAUAUCACUAGCAUCAAUGAGUACCUUGAGAAGAGAUUCAUGUCAACAGCAGUGAGACGCUUAGCAUCCGCCAUAUUCAUUAUACAAACGUUGCUGUACAUGGGAGUAGUUCUGUACGGUCCGUCCCUAGCCUUAGGUUCGGUAACUGGUUUCCCAGUGUGGGCCUCCAUUCUACUCAACGGCAUUGUGUGCACAUUUUACACGACGAUCGGUGGCAUCAAGGCCGUCGUGUGGACAGAUGUAGUCCAAAUGGUACUCAUCUACGUCGGAUAUGUCAUGGUGAUUUCUGCGGGUAUCCAGCAUGUCGGCGGUCUCUCGAACAUGUGGAAAAUAGCUGGAGAGGGUGGAAGACUGGUAUCAAUUAACUUAAGCUCGAGUCCGUACGAGACGUACACUGCAUGGAAUGUGAUAGGAUCCUGGACAGUGGGUUGGAUGGGUGCCUAUUGCGCCAGCCAGACGCAGGUACAACGGUAUUCCAGUAUCGCAUCCCUCAGAGAUGCGCGAAAGGCUCUGUUGUUGAAUAUUCCCGGGGUAGGUGCGACACUCCUCCUGUCAGUGCUGUCGGGUCUUGUCAUCUUUGCCGUUUAUCACGACUGUGACCCCAGGCUCAUAGGGGACAUCGACAAGGCAGAUCAGCUGAUGCCGUACAUUGUGCAAGACCUGCUGAGAGGCUAUCCAGGGUUGUCUGGACUGCUCGUAUCUUCGGUGUUUAGCGGUUCGCUUAGCACCUUGUCCUCGGGGUACAACGCUCUCGCGGCCGUCACCUGGGACGACUUUGUCAGACCUAAGGUAUCACUGUCCGAGAAGAAGGCUGUACUGGUUACGAAGUCCAUAGCUGCAUUCUACGGUCUCCUAUCCAUCUCGAUAGCCUUUCUCACUGGAUCCAUGGAAUCCAUUGUCCAAGCUUCGAGCAGUCUGGUCGGCGCCAUGUCCGGGCCUCUCCUUGCCGUCUUCCUCCUGGGAAUGCUGGCUCCCGUGUGCAGAAGGAAGGGUGCCCUGGUGGGCAUAUGUACAGGUCUAUGCUUCUCCUGGUGGCUGGCGCUUGGCUCCAUCCUGUAUCCCCGCGAAAGUGACGAGUUACCUACGUCGACGGCUGGAUGUACCGCCUUCAACCAGACGAUCACUGUUGGCUCCUUUGUUCUGCCGCCAGAACCUCAGGGGAUCUUGAGGUUCUACCAUAUUUCUUACAUAUGGGUCACCGUCAUUGGAUUCGGUACAACAAUGUUUGUCUCUCUCGUCGUAAGCCUCCUUCUGGAGAGAAAUGACAAGGAAGAAGUCGACCCCAAGUAUGUGUCACCGUAUUUAAGGAAGUUUAUGAGGAACUACAAGAAAAAGCAAGAAGUACAGGUCGUUAACGGUGUCCAUAUGAGUGAGGUUUAUCCCACAGAACUCAAGAAACUGAUGUCUAGCAACGAGCAGAGAUGACCUCGGCAGAGGUGUUCAGACUGCAACGCUGUACAGCGCCGAAUGCGUUUCGGGACGUCGUCACUUUAGCGUUCGGCAGCUAAUCACUCAAGAAGCAACAGAUAUGAUCAACAACAAUACAUGGAAUGGAAAACGGUACCCCUUGAUGCAUAGCGAUGCAACGGGACCAUAUGGGCGAAAUCCGUCACAAGAAGUUUUAUGUGCUCUUCUGGAGCACUUUCUUCGCGCUGCUCUCUGACGUCAAAAACGCAUAGAUGAGGAACCGAAUGUAUAGAACGAUAAUGUUGUCCACAAGAUGUUUCGUACCUUUUUAUUGUCCAUGCUCAGGCACAUGCUAACGGGUAACGAUGGAGUAAUAUACGUAUGCACAAUCUGACGGAUGAAUGGAAGAACACGUGAAAUGAAAGGCUGUGUGAAAGCAUCGUGGAUGCACACACGGUAUGUGUCUGGUCGUUUUCAGGUUCUGCGACUUGUAAAAGUAGCCUAUCGUCUCUCUUUUUUUUUUCUUUUUUUUUUUUUUUGUUGUUGAAAGACACGCACGAAAUCUUGUCUAUAACGCAGUUCAUGUAUAUGUAAAAUGUAAUAAAGGGAGUAAUAUAAGCA